CGCCAGGUUCUGUCAAAGCUCUACGCGAGGCAGGCGGUAGGCGUGUUUCUCCAGAGCUCUUCCAUUAAAGUACAAAAACUAGGAGUAAAGAUGUACAGAACUACAAGGUAUCCCAUGAUGCAGCCCCUGGUCAACUCAGGAAUGGGCAUGGCUCCUUUCUUCAAGGUGACUGUUUUCGAGCAGGAGCAUUUCCAGGGCAAGUGCCUGGAGUUCACCUCCGAGUGCUGCAACAUUCAGGAGUGUGGACUGGACAACAUCCGUUCCAUCAGGGUAGAGAGUGGAGCCUGGGUGGGUUUCGAGCACCAUGACUUCCAGGGCCAGCAGUUCAUCCUGGAGAGAGGAGAGUACCCCCACUGGGACGCUUACAGCGGAUCCCUCUCCUACCACGUUGAGCGCCUCAUGUCUCUGCGCCCCAUCUACUGCGCUUCUCACCAGAGCAGUCGCAUGAUCAUCUUUGAGAAGGAGAACUUCAUGGGUCGCAGUGUGGAGAUCUGUGAUGACUAUCCCUCUCUGCAGGCCAUGGGAUGGAUGAUGCCAGAGGUCGGCUCCAUGCACGUGCAGUGCGGCGCAUUUGUGUGCUACCAGCACCCCGGCUACAGGGGUCAGCAGUACAUCAUGGAGUGUGAGAGACAUAGUGGAGACUACCAGCACUGGAGGAACUGGGGCUCCCACUGUCAGACCCCCCAGAUCCAGUCCAUCAGGCGCAUCCAGCACUGAGAGGAGGACAGGCUGAGACUGAGACAGCGACCCCCCCCCCCCCUUUACCCACAAACCCCUACUCUCUGUCUUUCUCUCUCUCCUCAAACCUUUUCUUUCUCUUGACUUGAGCCGCCCCCAAAACCACCACUGAUGAUUUACAGAAGCUGCCAGAGUGUGAUAAGAGACAAUAUCGCACUGUUAAAGCACAGGGAAACAUAUGCUCCACAUACACACACAUGCUGACACUCAUACAGUGUCUUUUUAUUUGGUUUAGAGGUCCCUACACUCACAUGCAGACACACACCUGCGCUGUACUCUCACCUGAGCUGGGCAAUGAUGAGUGGAGAAGUUCUUCAGGGAGCUGGAGCCAAACAGAGGGGAGAUGACGCUCCAACAUCACACCGUGACCAGGACACCCCCCCUCCCCUCAUUGCAGCAGACUGUGCUGCAGUGCAGCUCAGAUGUGUUUUGUUGUU